CUCGCUCUUCCUAUUAUUCUCCCUUCUACCUCCAGACUUCGUCUAUUCUCUUUUGGGAAUAGAUUGACGCACGACACUCUGCGCUUAGGCCAACCAAGGGCAUCGAGAGAACACCAGACGACGGCACUGUUCCCCCUCCGAACGGCGUCGACUCGACUUUCAUUUUUCACUCACCGGCAUCCACUUUCUUUCCAUUCACCUAACUAGACAUACACAUUCGAGAUGUCGCAGGGCCAAGGAGACAUCCAGGAGCGUAUCGCCGCUGCCAGGCGUGAGGCGGAGAGCUUGAAAGAGAAAAUUCGUGCCAAGCGGGAAUCGACCGCGGACACCAGCUUGAGGGCGAUGGCUGCAGAGGUCGAUUCCCUCCCUCGCAUCGUCAUGCGGCCGCGCAGAGCCCUUCGAGGACACCUGGCCAAGAUCUACGCAAUGCACUGGGCUACCGACCGUCGGCAUUUGGUUUCCGCCUCACAGGACGGCAAGUUGAUCGUCUGGGAUGCUUACACAACGAACAAGGUCCACGCUAUCCCCUUGCGGUCGAGCUGGGUUAUGACUUGCGCUUACUCACCAUCGGGCAACUUUGUCGCUUGCGGCGGUCUCGACAACAUUUGCUCAAUAUACAACCUGAACGCUAAGGAGGCAACCGGCAACAAGGGCGCACGCGAACUUAGUGCUCACUCGGGCUACCUCAGCUGCUGUCGCUUCAUCAAUGAUCGCCAAAUUGUCACUAGUUCCGGCGAUAUGACUUGCAUGCUCUGGGACAUUGAGGCCGGUGUCAGGGUGGUCGAAUUCAGCGAUCACACUGGCGACGUCAUGAGUUUGUCACUGGGCCCGAAUCAAAACGUCUUCGUGUCCGGUGCUUGCGAUGCCACUGCCAAGCUGUGGGACACCCGCAGUGGGAAGGCCAUGCAGACUUUCACUGGCCAUGAAUCAGACAUUAAUGCCGUUACAUUCUUCCCCAACGGCGAGUCCUUCGCGACAGGCUCUGACGAUGCAUCAUGCCGUCUGUUCGACAUCCGUGCGGACCGCGAACUGAAUUCUUUCACGCACGACAACAUCCUUUGCGGUAUUACGUCUGUCGCGUUCUCGAUUUCCGGGCGUGUACUCUUUGGAGGUUACGACGACUGGACUUGCAAUGUUUGGGAUACCCUGAAAGGAGAGCGGGUGGGAGUGCUUACUGGCCAUGAGAACCGCGUUAGCUGUUUGGGAGUUAGUGCUGAUGGCAUGGCACUUUGCACAGGCAGCUGGGACAGCACGCUCAGGGUCUGGGCAUAAAUCGUUUGAUUCGGGUUUCGUGUCUACAUACCCUUGCUUUUUCUUCUCUUUCUUUCUUUCCCUAGGUUGUCUUAUUGUCUCGUUUUCGGCCAACUGUCAACUUAUUGGCUUGCUUUACGUCCCACCCGCGUGCGGUUAUGCAGCCGUCGCCUAGUGUCUCUCCUUACAAAGUAUCUGCAGUGCCAAUUGUAACCUUGGAGCGGACUCACUUUCUUGUGGCAUAUCCAAUAUUUCUCCGUGCUACAUGUCUUCUGUGUUUCUGCCGCGUUUUUAAUAUUCUCGAUGCAUUAUAGCGUAGGAAAUCACAUAUGUCUACUCCCCAUGUAGUUGUCCAGCCCUUGAAUAUCC